UCCCACAGGUGGGGUAUGGGGAGAGUAGAGUGUAUGUAAAUCUUAUCCUUACCACAGAGAAAUAGAGAGACUAUUUCAAAAUCCAUGCAAUUUGAUGGUCGAGAAGCGAAACAUGACAAGUAAAAGUGAACGGAGGGAAUAUAUUAUUCUAAAACAAAGACCUAGAUAAGUCUUAAUUUCUAUAUAAUAAUUCACUCUGAGAAAGCAAAAACUCACAAGAUCAUAAUCUCCUAAAUCAAAAAAAGUAAUGGAUCGAAUCCUGUACACUGCUGCGACGAAAGGAAUUACAGGAAAUGGUGAUUUUUCACUUGCUGAUUAUCGAAAUAGGGAUGAAGCAAAUGGGUACCAGGUCACUCCAAAGGAUUGUGCGGCAUCACUGUGGGAAUGGAACAAAUCAUUAUGCGAGGAAACUGACAAAUGGGAUUGGAAUCCACUGCAUUAUGCUGUUAAACUAGGAUUUAGAGUAGUACUUCGUAAAAUGCUGGGGUGGAAGACAUCAUUAGCCUACACUCACGCAGGCAAUGGAAAUGACUGGGCAACAUCAAUUCAUAUUGCAGCCAAUGAAGGUUAUGUAAACAUGAUAUGUGAGCUAUCAUUUCACUGUCCAGAUAGCUUGGAAACGCUUAACAACAAUGGCCAAAAUGCUCUUCAUGUUGCCAUAUCGAAUAAUAAACUAAGACUAAUCAUAUUCUUAUUGAAUUCUAAAAAAUCUGAUUACCUUAUUGACGAGCCAGAUAACGAUGGCAACACUCCUCUCCAUUUGCUUGCUGCCUCUGGCUGGAUAAGUGUGCCUGCUAAAUUAGAAAGACAUGCCAGUACAAAGAAGGUGUUAAUUAACAAAGAAAACCAGACUCCACUUGACAUAUCAGAGUCUAGCACAGAGAUAACACAGCUGGCGAAACGGACAUUCAAGCGGAAUCUUCGCUAUUGUCGAUUAGGACGGCGUGAUUUUGAGAUAAAUGGAAGAAAAUGAAGAAGCAACUCAAAUACAUCUAGUAGUUGCCACACUACUAGUUGGCGUGACCUUCACAGCAGGUUUCACCUUACCGGGAGGUUUUGAAAGCGAUCUCAAUAGUUCUAAUAAAGGGAUGGCGAUUCUAAUAAGGGAAACAGUGUUCCGUGCAUUUGUUGUCUCAGAUACCAUUGCCUUUACAUGCUCUACAUUUGCUGUACUCUUCUACUUCUACAUUGCGAUAAAUGCAGCAAUUGGAAAAGAAU